GGUUUCUCCGCAGUGCGUUUCUUGCUCUCUGUGUCACAAUGGCCGGCCGGGGGAAGCUCAUCGCCGUGUUGGGCGACGAGGAUACCGUGACCGGGUUCCUGCUGGGCGGCGUCGGGGAGCUCGACAAGCACCGGCGCCCGAACUUCCUGGUGGUGGAGAAGGAGACGGCCCUGGCCGAGAUCGAGGAGGCCUUUCGGAGCUUCCUGUGCCGUGAGGACAUCGGCAUUGUCCUCAUCAACCAGUUCAUUGCGGAGAUGAUCCGGCACGCCAUUGACGCGCACACCAAGUCCAUCCCGGCUGUGCUGGAGAUCCCCUCCAAGGAGCACCCCUACGACGCCUCCAAGGACUCGAUCUUGCGCCGGGCCAAGGGCAUGUUCACUGCGGAGGACUUGCGAUAGAGGGAGAGCGAGAGCCCGUCACUCUUUCCUGGCCAGCUGCUGCUUCACCGACGUGACUCCAUCGGGAGCAUCUUUCCCUCCUUCCCUCUCCCAUUGCUUUGAUAUAUUUGCUUUCCAUAAUGUCACCCUCCCUUCCUGCUUCCUCUACGGAGAGGGGCAAAGGCCCCCGGGGAAUUUGCCUGCCCCUAGCAUUGUUUUGCCUUGGCCAUCUACGUUUUUGCUCUUUAGCUGUGACGUGUCUCUAGCAUUUGAUACAGGAAAUAGGAGAGCCGGGGUGGUGUUGGCAAUGGCUGGAAGCUGCUCCGAUAGGGAGGCCCUCACCCCCAGACCCCAACUGCACCUGUGGUUAGUUUCCUCUGGUGCUGUAAGUGGCCCACGGACCUCCUUGCACCCCCCUGUGGCUCUUCCAUCCCUCAUACAAGAUAUGUCCUAAGUGGAUUUCUCAGGGUCUGAUGGCUCUGGAUUCCUUUGGAUUGAAAUCUGCUCCUUUGCAGAUGGUGCAGUACUGAAUGGCUUAAUCUAUGCGUCCACCCCGCAAAUCUGAGAAGUAAAGUCUGUCGAUGAUAAAUUAAGCCAAAAGGCAGAGCCUGGAAUUCAUUCUUGUGGCUGUGUGUGGGGGGAGGUGGUCAUGUCGUAGGAACUUGAUGCAUGCAAGAGAAACUGUUUGGAAUGUGAUCUCUUCCAUGGUACAGCACCACCAAAUUCUCUCUCACUUGCUGUCCUGGAGGGAUUUGUAGUCCAAAUCCCUCCAGCAAAGUGGUACCCUCCACGUUGCCUCAUUACAUGCAAAGAUCUUCUCUGUCCUUGGGAGGUGGGUUGUGCUAUGUUUCUUGCAAUAUGUUUCUUGCAAAAGUCUUGUUGGGGAAAACAAGCUGAAGGAAAGUUAGCCUCCAACAGUAUUCCAUGCUAUGACUCAAUGUCUUCGUUCAAUGAUCAGAUAUGUGAUCUUUAAUCAUAGUGAAUCAUACAUAUAUUUUCUGAUUAGCUUCAGUGACAAAAACAACUUAAUAAAAACUGUCUUGUUCAGCCGUU